AUGGUGAAGGGACGCAAUGGGAAGAGCGGCAAGAAGACUGCUGACAAUGCUCUGGACAACGAUGUACCUGAUGUACCCGUGAAGGAUUCCGCUGACUCUGGGACGCCGCUCCCCGGUCCUGCUUCCACGACUGUGGUCGGUCCUUUCGAAGCUCUUCCAGAGCUGCCGGUCGCUGGUGAUCAGGAAGAUACUUCCACUCAGGAGAAAACUGACGGGGUGGAAAAGGGCUCUGAGGAAGAAGCGCGGGUGGAGACUGGUGCGGUCGGUAAUGAAGAUGAUGGUGCUGACGCGCAACCGCCAGAUGCUCUAGACGACGAGGAUGACGGCUACCUGAGUGAUGCCUCUGAUGAACACCUGGAGCCGGAUUCGCUUAACAGUAUUCUUGCUCUGAAACGCUUCUCACUAACCUUGUUGGUGCCAAUUUCCAGGAAGGUGGAGGUUAAGCGCGCUGCUGUGACUAUUGCUGCCUUGCUGGACGACUGGAAGGAGUUGUUAUCGCCUGAGGUGCUCUCAACCACCACUUACCAGGAUCUUCCGCCAAUGUAUUUCUCCGGUGACCGCUACGGACGGCUGCAAGUUACCUUCAAUCAAGUUCGGGACGCGAACUUGGUCUGGAGUCAAGUCAUCCGUCACGAGUGUGUCAAGGGCGAUUUCAUUGACCUCACCUGGCAGCACCCGAAAGACGCGCGUUUUCUGCGAGAGCGUGUGCUCAACCCCACAGCUAAGGAGGUCGUAGUUAAAGGCGUGCCGGCGGAGAUCUCGGCGGAAUUAAUUCGACGCUUGUUGGUGGUGUCGAAGCUGGUCAUUCGCAGGAGAAGUGCGUUCGCCAGCGGCUUCGGCUUUCAUCGGACGGUGGACCCAGUGUCCGGCUUGGAUACGGAUCGCAUUCGUGGCCUGAUCAUAUCUCACGCUGACGAUGAAUACCGCUGGCGCUACUUCGUGGAAGACCCAUAUAUGGGGAAGAGAUACCUGCUUCAUUUCCCGUCGCUGGUUUGCGGGUUCUGCGGUGGCCAACACAUGACGCGUUAUCACAAUCAUUACGUGGCGCCGAGGCAGGAAAACCUCAACAACUGGAACCUGACUGUUAAAAAGGUUCACGAGAGGAAUGGUAUAAGCGGAGUAGCAUCUUACCUGCUGCUGUCGUUCGAUUUCCUGCACGCUCUUUUUUCCUCGCCUCUUACUGACAGAUACCUGCUUCUUCUUCCCCACAGCCGCAUCCCUGAAAGCUUCAGACCCGCUGAAGCGCAUCAUGCGAGACCCCGCUAUCAUUCUCACCUCAACCGGAGGCGCGCGGGAGGAAUGGGUUUGCGUCCAGACGGGCUGCGAGAAGGCGCAGGGGAAUCGUUUCGAGCAGGCGUCGGCUCACAUCGCUUCAGCCCGUCUCAAAGGGGGGUUGCGGAAGGAAGGUUCAGCGACGCGCACAAGCAUGUUCUCCCAGAAGCUGCAAGCCUUCAAGGAGUUCAUCGUGAAACCUGCGAAUCCUUGCCGGCGCUCCCGAACGUUCUGGUGAUGGGUGACCUCAACGUGGUCGAGGACCCGGAGUUGGACCGCACCUCGCACUCCGGUUCCUCGGCAGAAAAUCAACGGCUCCUGAGCUGCUGGGGCAACAUAGAUCUGAGGGAUGCUUUCAGACACAUGCAUCCGGACAAGAGAGAAUACACGUUUUUCGCAAAAGCAACAAGGUCCAGCUCGAGGAUUGACAGGGCGCUGAUUUCUCAGCCGCUGCUGGGUAGACUGGUGGAUGCAAAACACGUGGCAAUCACAAAUGGGAUGACGGAUCACUGGAGCGGAAUAGGAGUGGUGCUGGAGUCUGCAGACGCGGUUAAGAACGGGCCAGGCAUCUGGAGGCUGCGAGCGGAGCAGGCAAAGAAGGAGGGUGUCAGGAAAAUUGUUAAGAAGAUCGUUGAGGAGUCCGCUGGUGAACCAGCUGACCGGCUGCUGGAAAGGUUGACCGCCUGUCUGAGGGCAUACUCACGGGAGGAGAGGAAGCGGGAGACGGCAACUAGGUUACAUCUCACCAAAGAAGUGGAGCGGCUCCGAGUUCGAGUGUCACGCUACCCGCACUGCCAGCGAACAGAGCUGGAUGGGGAGGUGGCAUCGGGAAUCCUGUCGGCACAAAUCAAAACUCGCAAGGCAAAGACAGCGAUCCGCGCAGUGUUAAGGAAUGGAACUGUCUUCUCAGGGGUGCAGGAGGUUCUCUCAGCGGCGACAGACCACUUCCGUGAGGCUUUCGGCUGUCCUGGCGGAGGCGCGGUAUCUGUCACAGAGAACCGCCCCAUGCAGCGGCAGUUGGGGGAAGAAAGCAGGAGAUCGUUGAAUGCGCCUUGGACGGAGGAGGAGGUGCGGAAGGCAGUGCGGGAGCUCGCCCCGGGGAAGUCGCCAGGAGCGGACGGCUUGCCCAAGGAGCUUUUUGACUACAACUGGGACUUGUUGGGACCGAUACUGAUGGACCUGGUGGGGAGAUUUACGAGGGGAGAAAUUUUGCCGCAAAAUAUCACAACAGCGGUGACCAUUCUGCUGCACAAAAAGGGUGACAAGGGUGACCUAGGGAACUACCGGCUAAUAACGCUCCUAAGCACCGUGUACAAGAUCGUAGCGAAAGUGAUGGCAAGCAGGCUCAAGAAAGUUUUGCACGAGGUCAUAUCGGAGGACCAGUAUGGCUUCAUACCUGGUCGCCAGCUGGCGGACGCGAUGGCGGUGGUGGCAGACGCCAUUGAAGCAGGGGCGAAUGGGAAGGAGGACUGGUUUCUGUUGAUGAUUGACUUCCAGAAGGCGUUUGACUCGAUCUCGCGCAACUUCCUCUUCAGCACAUUACGGAAACUGGGAACACGUUUGCAUAUUAACGGAUGGAUGGGGGAAAAGGUAGCGGUGGAAAAGGGGGUGCGCCAAGGGUGUCCGCUGGCACCGUACCUGUUCCUCUGCGCGGUGGAGCCGCUAUGCCAAGAGAUCAACCGGAACAAGCUGGGGGUCAGAAAGAGGGGUGUGGGUAGGCUGGCGUACUUGGGCUACACUGACGAUACCUCACUCCUGCUGCAGGGGGCGGGGCAGCUCCAGAUGGCGUCUAAGGUGCUGUCGGACUUCGGGGAAGAGUCGGGUCUGAAGGUGAAUGAAGGGAAAACGGUGAUCUUUCCGCUGGGGAAGAACCGGGGGAAGCCAGCGCCACAGGGGGUACGGUACAAAUGGGCGGAUAAAGACGAUCCGGAGCGACUGCUGGGGAUUUGGAUCACACCGAACGGUGACCCGACCCCUUCCUGGAACAAGGCGUUGGACAGAGCGAGGGGGGAGUUAGCGAAGUGGGAAAUGAGACACCUGACCACAUCAGCAAGAGUGCCGAUAAUCAACAGCUACAUCGUGCGGAUUUUCCUCUUCCAGGCACAAGUUUACCUGCCGCCGGAGGCCAUCUGGAAGAAGAUCCGCAAACUGUGUCAUACCUUCGUCUCGAAAGGUGAAGCGGCAGAGGAAAAGCGUUUCAUCCUCUGGAACUACAAGCUGGCCUGCACGCCUCGGGAGGACGGGGGGCUGGGGUUGUUAUGCCCGGAGCUGAGAGUCGACAGCAUUGCUAUCCGGAACGUCUGCUGA